AUGCCUGUAAAGAACUCCUCAGGCUGUGGCUUCUGUGCUGUCUUUUGGAAUAAGAUCCGCCGCAAAAAGAGCCCUUCUAGGAGCGAAUCAAUUUCCAGCCUCAAAACCGAAAGCGUAACCAAGACAAACCCGCAGACUCCUGGCGACAACCUUGCUGCUCACAAGCGCCCGCUAUUAGGAGAGCUUAUCACUAUCAACUCUACUAAGCAGCGCCUCUCGAAAGACUGUUCGCUUUGGGAUCAAGCAUACAAUGCGCUCGAAGAACGGGACCCAGACGGCAUCUUCAAGGCUUACCAUGUCAUCUUCUCGCGACUCUACGCGGAAUUCCAGGACGGAGCCACUCCAUCACCACCUGCACCUCAUGGUGGCAGUCGCAGUCACGCACCAAUAUUACCUUCGUUUGAAAAUCCGCUCCCGCGUCGAGAGCUCCUCAGCGCCGUCGCCAGUCUCGGCCUGCAGCAAAUGAAGGACAAAGAAAUUGCUAUUCGGCUCUGGGGCCACGAGCUGCAUCCCAAUAACGCUAUUACAGAUACUAUAUCGGUCAUGGAAGCGCUUCAGAAAAUUGUUCAGGACGCCGUAAGAGAUCUUCCAAAUGCUGCCAUGGCCAUGGCUGGUGUUUCGCUGGUUCUUCCACUCCUAUUGAAUCCGAGCACCGCGGAAAAUGAUAAUCUCAGAGGAUUUGACUACGUCACUUCACAGAUGAGCUACUACAUUGAGAUGGAGGUCCUUUUUCUUCCCGUCGAGUUGCAAGUUAGUCUCAGAGACGAGCUGAAGCGGCAGAUCAAGGCCUUGUACGAAAAGAUUAUCGAAUACGAAAUUCGAAGUGUGCUGCACUUUUUUAGCAGCCGAGUCACGAGAUUCUUCAAGGGAAGCAUUCUCUUUGACGAUUGGAGAGGCAAAUUGGACGAGAUCCAAACAUUGGAAACGACGGUUUUGCACAGGCUCAAAUCGGCAGUAUCCGGUGAGAGCAUGAAGCACCUGAGCCUACUCAAGGAAGACGCAAAACUCAUGCGUCAAGGCGUCGAUAGCAUUGUCAGUGAGUUGCAUACCGCAUCCAACGUCCUACAACGCCUAGAACGGCUGGAACUAGACAAGGAGGAUCAAAAAUACCUCGCGUCUUUGCUGGCUACUGAUCCACGCCUUGCUAAGCGAGCUUUACAGAGCGCAAAGGAACAGCCGCUCCGCGACUCGUACGAAUGGAUUUUUGGUGAUGAACAGUUUAAGCAGUGGCAGACGAAUAAUGGCAAAAACCAACUCUGGAUCAGCGGGGAUCCCGGCAAAGGCAAAACCAUGCUUCUAUGUGGGAUUAUUGACAAGUUCACGAUUCAGAAAAACAAACAGCUUAAUGUCGCCUUUUUCUUUUGCCAGGCUACCGAUGCUAGCUUCAAUAAUGCAAACGCAGUCGUGCGUGGCCUUCUCUACAUGCUUGUCAAACAACAGCCCGCACGUUGGAGGCACAUUCGGAAGAGCUGUCAAAACGGGAUGGGCAAGAGACAAUUUCGAGGUACAACGGCUUGGGAAGCUUUAUCUGUGGUCUUCACCGAAGUCUUGAAUGACCCAAUGUUGGACCGCACUUAUCUUAUUGUCGAUGCGUUGGACGAAUGUGUCAAUGAUCAACUCUGUCUUCUCAAGCUGAUUUUAGCGACUUCCCACCUCAAAGGUGCGAAGUGGCUCCUCUCCAGCAGGAACGAUCUGAUCUGGCCUCAGGUCGACGAUCAAGAGUUAUGCGAUGAAUCCACAGUCCCCCUCGCUACGAGGCGUGUCCACCUGAAGCUUGAAGACAAGCAGGACUCGAUCGCCACAUCUAUUGACGCCUACAUUUUGAACGCAGUUGGCUCUUUGAAGGAAAAGAAACAACUCGAUGAUUUCAAUGUUGAUCUCAUCAAGCAUCAUCUUGUUCAAAAUGCAGAAGGAACGUUUUUGUGGGUGGCCCUGGUUUGCAAGGCGCUGGCGCAUCCUGACGUCUUGGGCGGGGACAUAAAGAGACAGCUGGCAUCACUUCCCAAAGGCUUGAAGCCUCUAUAUUCAGAAAUGCUGAAGCGAAUUAGACACUCCGAAUACGAAAGUCUGUAUCGGCAGCUUUUGUCAAUCAUGUCUGCGGUGUUUCGACCCGUCACAAUCGUGGAGUUGAGGGCCCUCUCUUCUCAGUUGCUCAAAGACUACGAUGACGGGGAUCUAGAACAAAGAAUUGCUCGCUGUGGCUCAUUUCUGACAGUCAAGGAUAAGAUUGUAAGUUUCGUACACAAGUCGGCGAAAGACUACCUGCUUGGCGAGGAAAGCAUUGUGGCCGGGUCAUUAGACGUGUCAGCGCAGCACUAUACCGUAUUCCUAGCAGCUCUGGAGCUCCUGACGUCGACUUUGCGACGUAACAUGUGCAAUUUGGAACUUCUGGGGCCCCUUUCUGAACGAGAUUCGCAACCUGAUCUGGAGCCGCUGAUGCCAAUAUCCUACGCGACUGUCUUCUGGUUGGAUCAUUUCAAAAACUCGGCAUUCCGAGAGUGCUUCGACCCUGCUCGCCAAAAAGAAGCGGCCGGUCUGGUGUGCAACUUUCUCAAAGAAAAAUAUUUAUACUGGUUAGAAGCCCUCAGUCUACUGGGAAAUCUUUCUCACGUAAUGGGGCCUUUGAAAGAGUUGAGUGGAUUUAUGACUCGGCUCGAUUUUAUAAUUGACGAGGCGCCGAUGCAAAUCUACGUUUCUGCACUUUUGUUCAGCCCAGAUAAAAACCUCAUUAAACAUUUUUACAAAGACCGAGAGGUGCCCAAUUUGACAAUUCAACGAGGUGCUAAGGAUAACCGGCAGGAUAGCCGGCAGGAUUCCAUUCGGCCUUUGGGAGCUCAUGAGAACAUCGUGACUUGCCUCGCGUUUUCACACGACAGUCAAUGGCUAGCUUCAGGCUCUCUUGACAAAACCAUCAGGAUAUGGGAUGCUAGCACUGGAGAUUGCUUAAGAAAGCUCAACUGUAGUUACUCGGUGCGAUCUAUUGCCUUUUCUGGCGAUAGUCUCCAACUGGUUUCAUGCUCUUCAGCCAAAGAAUGGGGUUUACAACCUGGAUCUUUGGACUUAUGGAACACUAGAACCGGCGCCAAACAAAGGACUUUUGACAGCCAGAUAUGGGAUACCAACACUAAGAACAAAACAUGCCUGAAGACGUUACAUGAAGAUACGAAGAUGAGAGUGGUGGCUAUUUCUUCCGACAGCCGCUAUCUCGCUACCGGUGGGCCAGGAUCGACUCUCAGUACAUGGGAGUUAGGCACCAACGACUAUCACAGAAUUGAGGAUGUCCACGAUAAAGGCAUAUGGUCAUUGGCAUUCUUGCGCGAUAGCGGGCGCUUAGCUUGUGGUUCUGGAAACACCGUCAAAAUCUGGGAUCUUUACGCUAGAGAGUGUCAAACUACUCUUCGGGGCCAUGACUUUCCUGUCAUGUUACUUGAUUACACACCGAAGAGCCAGACGCUUGCUUCAGGCUCGGGCGACGGAAUCUUGAAACUAUGGGACACUGGUUCCAAUUGUUGCCUGCAGACAUUUUCGAUACCAGUCUUUGAGUUGGCAUGGGCUUUCUGCUAUGACACUCAGCAGCUGGCAGUAAGCACGGGGGAGAAGAUCGCAAUCUCGGACAUGAGCCUCAACGCUGGCACGACGGCCACUAUUCGACACAGAAAUUUGAUGGUGGAAGUUGUGAUUCUGAAUAACGGCCAGAAUUUUAUGACGCUUUCGUCUGACGCAGCAAUGCUUUGGGACACAGUCUCUGGUGAUUGUUUGCAUACUUACGCAUUUGCCAGCCCCGACGAAGAACGAAGGAAACGUCACGUUCUUGUACCGGCAAACUGCCAUAACCAACGACAUGUUGUAUUUUGUGACGGCAAUGAUGUCAUAGUAUGGGACACUUGCUCCAGUGAUCCAGAUAGAGACGCCCACUUGACAGCUCUGGGGGGGCACGAUCAGCAAGUGACGGCAGUGGCAAUUUCUGUCGACGGCAUUCGAGUCGUCUCCAAGUCUCUCAGAGAUGCUAAAGUCUGGGACGUCAAGAGUGGCGAGCAUUUACUACUGGAUGGCAGUUUCUCCGAGUAUAGCUGGAAACCAUUGGCGAUUUCCGCCGAUGGGCAGCAGGCGGCCUCGAAAUCUAAUGGCGGUGUCUUGAGUGUGUGGAACACUAGGACUGGCCAGUUGUCAAUGGCGACUGAGACCAUUGGAGGUUCUUCUGAGCGAUAUGGCUUGGUGUUCUCACCUGAUGGACGACGACUUGCGUUCUUGUGGGAUGCCGAUGCCAUCGGGAUGAUGGAACUUCAUUCCAAAAAUCGUUUGCGCCUUAAGAGUGACCAGAUUAAAGUGACUUCUAUAGCAUUCUCCGACGACGGGCACCGAAUUGUGUCCUCAUCGUCGCACAGCGUGAAAAUUUGGGAGUGCACUUCAGGACAGUGUCUUCAGGCUUUCUCCAUUUCUCGCGAUCUUGGAAGAGUCUCAUUUGACCCACUAAACAAUGACAGGCUCCUCGCAGACAAGGGAGCAAUGGAAGUCAAGCCUGUGCGGGAGUUGCAAGUUAGACAACGCUCGGGUGGGUUCUCGACUUCGAUCGUUCAUGUGCAGUUUGGCAUCAGUUCUGAUGGCUCCUGGAUCGAACAUUACGGAAAGAAGGUGUGCUGGAUUCCUAGCGUUUAUCGUUCUCCCUUUUAUGCUGUCAAAGGGUCAGUAAUUUGUGUAGCAGGUGAAACGGGUUUGGCUUGGUCAGCGACGUUCAAGCUAGAGUAA